UAAAACCCUCCCAAAACCUCUGGUAAGGCAAGAGAAUCGAAAAGAGUAGUUCGAUGAGAAACCUGCUCGGUUCAAAUCCAUGGUUUAGUUAUGGCGUUUUUAGGGUUUCCAGAGUCCUGUUCUACUCCACUGAAGCCCUCAGCUCCUCUUCCCCUCCAGUUGAUUCUCUGUACGAUAGGAUUUCGCGGAUUGGAAACCCUAGGGUUUCCAUUGUACCCGUGCUCAACCAAUGGGUUGAACAAGGUAGAGAUGUCAAGCAAGCUCAGCUUCAGAAGAUUAUCAGGCAACUUCGUAAAUAUCGUCGCUUCACUCACGCUCUCCAGAUAUCAGAAUGGAUAAGCAUUGAAAGGAAUCAUGGCCUAUCAUCUGGAGAUACUGCAGUCCAUCUGGACUUGAUCUCAAAAGUUCAUGGUCUAGAACAAGCUGAAAAGUAUUUUGAUAGCAUCCCAGACUCAUUAAGAGGCUAUCAAAUCCAUGGGGCGCUGUUAAAUUGCUAUGCAGAGAAACAAUCUUUCGAUAAAGCAGAGGUCAUUUUCAAGGAGAUGAGGGAGUUGGGUUUUCUAAAAAAUUCAUUGUCUUAUAAUGUUAUGUUGAGCCUCUAUUCUCAGAUGAGUAAACAUGAGAAACUAGCUAGUCUAGUGCAAGAGAUGGAAGCCAAAGGCAUCAAGUGUGACAAAUUUACAUUUAACAUCCGGUUGAAUGCUUAUGCAGCUAAUUCUGACAUAGAGGGAAUGGAAAAGCUUUUAACAAGUAUGGAAGCUGACCCUUUAGUGGAUAUAGAUUGGAAUACUUAUGUCAUUAUUGCGAAUGGGUAUUUGAAAGCUGGCCAAUUUGAAAAGGCAUUGACCAUGCUUAGGAGAUCAGAGCAACUAAUUGGCGGUAAGGCAAGGAGGUUUGCAUAUGAGCAACUUCUCACUUUAUAUGCUGUUUUAGCGAAUAAAGAUGAGGUGUAUCGCAUUUGGAACUUAUACAAAAAUAUCGGGAGACGAUACAACUCAGGCUAUGUUUGUGUGCUAAGCUCAUUAGUAAAGCUUAAUGAUAUUGAUGGUGCGGAGAAGAUUCUGGAGGAGUGGGAAUCUGGGGAUACACGCCUAGACUUUCGGGUUCCAUGCAUGUUGAUCCGUGCUUAUUGGAAAAAGGGACUUCCGGAGAAGGCUGAAGCAUAUAUCAAACGUCUUAUAGAGAGUGGAAAAAAGCCAGAUGCUAGAAUUUGGAAUUGUAUGUCCACUGGAUAUUAUAUGGAUGGUCAGAUGGCAAAGGCUGUUGAAACCAUGAAGAAAGCAGUCUUGGCCUGUGAACAACAAUGGAAGCCAAACAGAUUUACUUUGGCUGCAUGCCUUGAAUAUUUGAAAGGGGAAGGAAAUGUGGAAGUCGCAGAUGAGAUUUUGACGUUGCUUAGAGAACAGGGUUUUGUUUCAACAGGAAUGUACAAUAGAUUACAAAAUUACAUUAGCGGUGAAAACCCAGAUUCUGGAGUCCUUGAUGAACUGAAAAAUAGCGAUUCAGUGGAAGAGGAUGAUCUAGCCAUCAACAGAGAGAGACAUAUGUAAUGAUGUUGGAUGUGCUAUCUUCAAUUGCCAAGAAUUGAUGAAUUAUUUAUCCGUACAAUAGCAAUAGGACUAAUUUCUUCAUAUGCAUGGUUUAUAAAAACCGUAGGUAUUGAAAUUAUCCUACUGUGCUAGGUGUUGAAAUACUUGUGUAAAUGAACCUUUUGCCACAGAGUGAUGCAAUUUUGCAUGGCUAAUUUUCCUGUCCUA